GCGACCAGGCCGCUAGUGUGAGGGAGGUGUUGACGUAGGCAGCGGCGACUGGAGUAGUCAGUUGCCUCCUGACCUUCGCCGAGUUAACAACAACUUGUUUACGGUUUGAAGAUGAAGUUUAUCUUUGGAGCCUUGGUUCUUCUGGUCGCCGAUGUGUCCUGCCAGUAUAGACACUUUCAAAUCCCUGACGUAGAUCGGGGCCAGAGCUCGGCUCUCCUGGACAACAUAAUACGUACCAACCAAGUGCCUACACAAGCGAGCAGUUUUGGCUCUAACAAUAUUCUUGUAACUCCUCAAACGCAAAGUGGGACGGUGACCUUACCCCAGGGAGUUCUUGGUCAACCCAUCCCAGUUACUUUCCCUGGACGGUCUGACACUACGUUUCAUAAAGGUAGUGAUCAGGUGGCUGGAGGAGUCUUUGGCCAGGGUGUAGGCAGUGGUCAGGCUGCUGGAGCAGUCUUUGGCCAGGGCGUAGGCAGUGGUCAGCCGGCUGGAGCGGUCUUUGGCCAGGGUGUAGGAAGUGGUCAGGCGGCUGGAGUAGUAUUCGGCCAGAACCAAGCUGCAGUACUCGGUAGUGGCCGGUUUAGCAAAGUUAGCGUUCCUCGCGUGACUAUUGGCAGCCCUGAAGUUAGAAGAGUGGACGCACUCUUCACCCCAACUGUCACCCAAGUUAUCACCAUCGACCGCUGCGUCACUGUCACCGACCAGGCCUUCAACAGCGUGGCCGUGACCCUGACUUCCUUCAGCGUGCAGACUGUCACCGUGGGAACACGCGCAGUGUUGCAGACGCCCGUCGAUGACCGCGUUGCUCUACAAACUUCUGUAUUUGUCCGGCCCGGGACCGUAACACUAACGGAGGUGAAGUCUGACUUCAGGAUCGUGACUGAAACUUCUCUAACCCACGUGACCCUCGCCCACACGUCCUACGUCAUCAGCCAGUACACCUUCACCACCACGGCCACCCAAGUGAUAUCCUAUACGGCGACUUUGGUGCGUACAAACAUCAGCACCCAGAGGACUACCAUCACAAACUACCGGACUGUCACCGACACUGUCUUCGUUAACAGCGGCUACGGCUACAGGGCACGAUAAUCUCUUGUGCUUGCCUUUAAAUAUUAACAUUACAUAAAUUCUAUAACCUUGG